CUUUCUAAAAGUAAGUUUGAAGAAAUCUUCUUCUUUCUUUGUUUCUCUUUGAUCAUAUUCUAAAUAUUCAUCAAUGGCAUCUACCAAAGUUAAGAUUCCAACUAUAGAUUUCUCCAAUGAAGAGCUAAAACCAAACACUUCAUUAUGGGAAUCCACAAAAAUUCAAGUUUUUGAAGCUUUAAAAGAAUAUGGUUGUUUUGAAGCAAUAUAUGAUAAAAUUUCAAAUAAAAUUAGAGAGGGAAUGUUUGGUAUUUCAAAAGAACUAUUUGAAUUUCCUUUAAAAACCAAAUUGGAAAAUUUUUCAGAAAAACCAUUACAUGGUUACAUGGGGAUGAUUCCACACAUGCCAUUGUAUGAGAGUUUGUGUAUUCCUGAUUUGCUUAAUCCUCAAAGUGUUGAAACUUUUUCUAAUAUCUUUUGGCCUCAUGGUAAUCCUGAUUUCUGCAAUUUGGUAAAAUCUUACUCAAAUCCACUUGUGGAAUUGGAUGAAAUGUUGAAGAGAAUGAUUUUGGAGAAUUUGGGAUUAGAAAAUCACAUUGAUGAAUUGUUGGAUCCCAUUUAUGUCCUAUUUAGAUUUACACAUUAUAAGGGAACAUCAAUUGUUAGUGGAGAUGAAAAUAAUAAACCUGCUGUAUUGGGUGGUCACACAGAUGGUAAUUUCUUGACUUUUAUAUCACAAAAUCAAGUCAACGGAUUGCAAAUCAACAAAAAUGGAGAGUGGGUUGAUGUCAAUAUUUCACCAAAUUCUUAUGUUGUUUUGUCAGGUGAUUCCUUCAAAGCAUGGACAAAUGGCCGAUUGCAUUCUCCUAUCCACAAGGUAGCAAUGUCUGGAGAAAUUGAUAGAUUCUCCAUUCAAUUAUUUUCAUUUGCAAAACCAGGUCAUUUCGUAGAGGCCCCAAAAGAACUUGUGGAUGAAGAACACCCUUUACUCUUCAAGCCAUAUGAAAUGCUUGGUUUAUCCAAGUAUGUUACUUCACAAGCUGGCUAUGGAGCUCCUACUGAUGCUUUCAAAGAUUAUUGUGGUGUUUGAUAUACUAAAUGUGAAUUUUCGGCGAAUGUUCUUAUUAGAGUACCGCUAGUAUAUAUGGAUCGGAUAUGUCUUUAACGAGAUACCAUUUUCAAUGGGUUUCGUUGAGAAUUCGUGUGUAUUUUUAAUUAGUUGUGUGUUUCUUAUGCUUGAAUUAUUGUCGUUCUUUAGCUUUAGUGUUUUAUGUUUUAUAUACGUAAGAAUAAAAUGUGAAUUUCUAAUGAACGUUUCGGUCAAAAUACUAUUAGUAUAUAUGGUAUUUUUGACUAAAUGUUCCUUAGAAUCUGUACUUUUUUAGUAGUGUGUAUCUUAUGUUUUGUUUGUGUUUUUUUUUGUUUUAAAAUAAUGAAUUCAUUGUUAGCCUCAUCUAUCAAA